CUUUCCCACUGAAUUCCUCUCUCUCUCUCUCUCUCUCCUCGCAUUCCGAGUUCGAGCUCAGCAAUGCUCGAUCUCAGUGGCUGACGCUUCUCCUUUCCGCGUUUCGAUUUUUUUCCUUCCUCUGGUUCGGCGUUUGCUCGGAGGAUCGCCGCGAGGGGGAGCGCGCUCUUGCGGCGGCAGCGGCGGCGGCGAAAGAUGAUGGAGGCAAUGGAGAGCUCGAUCAAUGGCGGGUUCUCGCACCUGCAGCAGAGCUACGGCGACAGCAGCGAGGAGGAGCUCUCCGUGCUGCCGCGCCACACCAAGGUCGUCGUCACCGGGAACAACCGCACCAAGUCCGUCCUCGUCGGCCUCCAGGGCGUGGUCAAGAAGGCCGUCGGCCUCGGGGGCUGGCAUUGGCUGGUUCUAACGAAUGGCAUAGAAGUCAAGCUACAGAGGAAUGCCCUCAGCGUGAUUGAAGCUCCUACUGGUAAUGAGGAAGAUGAUGACCUGGACUAUGAGAAUGGGCAUUGGAAUGCAUCGGAUAUGACAUCCGAUGACACUCAAAAGUCCCAUAGAUCCAGGCACCGAGUGCACAGAUCAUCUGGAUCAUACCACAAGACCAUGAGCAGGACUCAUUCUUGUGACUCACAGUCUAAGGGAUCAAUUUCUACCCGUGGGUCCACGAAAGUUGACCUCAGCAAAUUGGAGAUGGCUGCUUUAUGGAGAUAUUGGCGCCACUUCAAUCUCGUGGAUGCUGUACCCAACCCAUCAAAAGAGCAACUCAUUGAUGUUGUUCAAAGACAUUUCAUGUCUCAGGAAAUGGACGAGUUGCAGGUUAUUGUGGGGUUCGUUCAGGCCGCGAAGAAACUGAAGACUGUCUGCAAGUGACUGGGAGAGGAUUUUGCAAGAUCCUAGUCUAACGUAUUCACGCUAACCGAGAGCUAUUUACAGGACUCCUCUUCCCUUUGUGUAGCGAAUUCUGUAAUAUAUAUAUGGUAUCAGUCCGUGGACCGUCUUUCCCUGCCUUGCUUAGUUAUGGACUAUAUCUAAGUUAUAGAGGGUACUUUUUGGUAGUAUAGAGACCGCGAUGUAGAUAUAUGGUGAACAAUAACUAGACAACUUAGAUUUUUUACUGUCUAUGUGUCCGACUAGAACUAUUGCUGGCAAGGGAAGUGGUGGUAUCUUUGGCAAUGUAUAUAUGCGACCUGUAUUAUGUCUUAA